AUGAAAGGGAAGGGCCAGGCUGCAGUGAACGAUAUGGUACAAAAGACUAACCUAGCUUUUAGCCCAGCUGUUAUGAGUUGUCCUCUACCUAGCAAAUUCAAGAUGCCAACUCUUGAGAGCUUCGAUGGGACGCGGGACCCUCUCGACCAUUUGGAGACCUACAAAGCUCUUAUGUAUUUGCAAGCCGUACCGGACGAGAUUAUGUGCAGGGCUUUCCCUACCACACUCAAGGGUUGGGCUCGUCUCUGGUUCAAUAAAUUAAAGCCAGGCUCCAUUGAAAACUUUGAAAAGUUGAGCAAACAAUUCAUAGGACACUUCAUCACUGGGCAGAAGCACAGGAGACCAGCAACACAUUUACUUAAUGUGAAGCAGCAGAAGGGAGAGUCCCUUCGUGAUUACAUAAGUCGUUUUAACACUGAAAUGCUGCAAGUUGAAGAGGUGGACGACAAGGUUGCCCUCACAGCCUUUAUGGGAGGAUUACAGACUUCUAAGUUCCUAUUUUCCUUAUCAAAGGAAGCCCCUACAAGCAUGACAGAGUUGAUGGUUAGAGCGCGGAAGCACAUGAACGCUGACGAUGCUAUGAAUGCACGAAAAAACAAAGAUGGUGAAGAUAAGAGGUCGGAUAAGAAGAGGCCAGCACCUAACACUAGGGAGGAAAGGGAAUUGAAGUGCAAGAAAUUCUCAAACAACCAGGCUGACAGAACGUUUCGCUGCCCAGCGAGCCCAGGUAGGUAUAAUAACUAUACCCCCCUAAAUACAUCUGUAGAGCAAGUCUUUCUGCAGAUUCAAGAUGACGCAUCAUUGAAAUGGCCACCAAAGCUAAAAACUGAUCCAACAAAGAGGUCUCGAGAUAAAUACUAUAGGUUUCACCGGGACCAUGGACAUAACACAGAUGAUUGUUUCGACCUCAAAAACCAGAUUGAGAACCUUGUUCGUAAAGGUCGUUUACGCAAAUUCACAACUAGAAAUGGAAAAGGAGGCUCUAACCCAGCCCGGGAGGGCUGA